AUGGAUCCUGACCUCGAUAUCGAUGCAAACGACCGGCUUGCACGCAAUCAGAAAAUGCGUUGGCCGCCACUCGUCACAGCCUUGCCCGAAGCUCGUGUGGCAAACACCGCACGAUCAAAGCUAGGAACAGCUACAUUCUCCACUCUCACCAACGACGAAGUCGACAAGCAAUUCUGCGGCAAAGCACCAUGCCGACUACUUCUCCCUCUCUUGAUCACUGAACGAGAGUCGAAAGCCCAAGCUCAACUGGUACAGCUCCUCCAGAUCGCGCAGGCUCUGAAUCGCACGCUCGUUCUCCCUAACGUCGGUCGCGGACGCAUCGGGACCUGCCUCCGUUGGGAAUUCAGUGUCUACUACGAUAUCGCAAGUACGGUUCGUCAAGUGGGAGAACGCGUCAUGAUGAUGGACGAUUUCCGCACUUGGGUGGACAUGCGUCCUGAGCAACCCGCGGGACAGAUCGUUUCAGUUGAUGAGCUCAACCCGGCAGAAAUGUCAGCGGAAUUUGAUUCGUCCUCGGAUGCUGUGCAAGUCGAGGUUCAUGAAUUGCAAGACAUGACUUUGAAGAGCGCACGCUGUCUACACGCCCGGUAUCCGCGUCUCGACUUGGACUCGUUUUCUCACCUCUCUCUGCAUCUGGAGCCUCCCUAUGGCUCGCGCGUCUUGGACUCGGAACAAUCUCUCCGCUCUUUACUGGUGGCAGCGCUGCACGACCGACACGAGGAAGAGUACUCUGUUCAUCAGGAUAUACCGGCGCCGGACACUGACUGGCCUGUGGCCGCUGAACAGCAACCAUUUGAGGUGCUUGACAAACGAUCCGAUAACGACGCUGAGGUUCUGCUCCUUCACUGGGACUUGCAUCAAGAGCUCUUUCCAGUCGUGUCACAAUUCACUCCGAUACAGUAUUCACAACAGCUCUGGAAUUUUGUGGACAGGCUUGUAGCGCCUCUAGGUCCAUAUCUUGCAGUGCGUUGGAACAUGGAGAAGAUAGCGCCAACAGUGCUGUCUGCAUGUGCCGAUGCAUUAGUGGACACGCUUGAUACACUACUGCAUGACGAAAUGCUCGGGAUGGGGAUUAGCACAGUUUGGAUCUUAUCAGAUGUGUCCGUUCGUCCAGAAACUAACGGGGCCGAAACGCGCGGGGAGGCAGCCAGGUUGCUGCGCGCAGCAUUCCGGCCUGGAGGAGAGUUGGAGAAGUGGGAGAUUACGGAUUCAUCUCACGAGAUGGUGAGAAUGACUGCAGUCAUGAAUGGGAAUCCGACCAUGGAAUUGAGUCCCGGUGACGAUGAAGCAUUGGUACUCAAAGACGCGGGAGUGCUGGCAAUUCUAGACACCAUAGUUGCCAUGAAAGCCGCGCUCUUCGUGAGCAGUGCGAAAGGGUGUGGCAAGUCGAGGGGCAUACCAGCGCGACAACGAAGCAAGUGGUGGAAUCGAGAGUGCGAGCGAAAGGGAAUGACGCACCAAGAAAUGUAG